AUGGGUGUCGAUACUAUAUAUUUACUUGAUCGUGAUUUUGUGGAUGUAUCUAAUUUAAAUCGACAAAUACUAUUUAGUUUAUUAGAUGUUGGUAAAUCAAAAACAGAAGCUGUAGCUCAACAUCUGAAAUGCAUGCAUAAUUUAAGAACAAAUAUUUAUGAUUAUCAUAUGGAUGCUGUUACAAAUUGGUCCUGUGUUGUUGUGAUAGCUAAGAAAUGUACAGUUAUAUUUAAUAAUAGUGAAGUUAAUCUAUUUUUUGGAUUAUCAAAUGAUUCAUGUUGGGCAUGUAAUAAUAAUACAAAUGAUUCAUUUAAAUUUAACAUUAAAGAAGUAGAAAAUAGAAAUGUCAUUCAACUAUUACUUAAAGAAAGAUGUUGUAUAUCAGGUGAGCAAGCACAAUCUAUUAUUGAAGAACGUUCGAAUGAGUUCAAUUUACAUCAACCUUGA